AUGACGACAUUCACCCACACCAACAUCAGAAUCCUCACCCCCGCCACCGUCACAAAAUUAACCGAUAUCCCCUCUGCCGAUUUCCUCAACGGCAUGACCACCCUAGACGAUACCCAUAUCCUCGUAGCCGACAUCUACAACGGCUGGGUCUACAAAAUCUGCACCACAACAGGCGCUUACAGCAUCAUCCUCAACGACCCCAAGAUGAAAUAUCCCCUCACGGGCGCCUCCACCAACCUCGGCAUCAACGGUCUCAAAAUCUCCGAUUCCCAUCUCUACUGGACCAACACCGCCAUCGGCAUACUAAACCGCAUUCAAAUCCGCAGCGAUGGCUCGGCCAUUGGUGAAAGCGAGGUUUAUACGGAUAACGUGCCCAAGGCGGAUGAUUUUGUGUUUAAAGGUGAUGGAUCGAUUUGGGUAGCGCAGAAUCAAAUGGAUGAGUUGGGUGUGGUGGGGGUGGGGGAGACGAGCGCGAGGGUGGUGGCGGGGAGUAAUGUUUGGACGGUUUUGGCGGGGGUUACGGCGGGGCAUUUUGGGAGGGGGGUGGGGGAUAAGGAGGUGCUUUAUUUGGCUACUAGUGGAGGUGAGUUUUUUUUUGGGAGGGGGGGGAGGAUGUUUGAAGAUAUCUUUGGAGGGGAGAGGGGGAAGGGAAGGAGGGAGGUAGAGGAGAAUGUCCCUUUUGAGAAGCAUUUCCUUGCGGGGGAGAAGGAGAAGGAGAAGGAGAAGGAGAAGAAGAAAAAGUAUAGAAUAGAAAAGGGAAAUGAAAAUGAACAUAAGAAAGCAUAG